UCCUGAACUCUGGAAUCCUCUGGGAGGAAAUAGGGUGGAGGGACAGGCUGGAGAGGAUAUGAUGCUGGGAGUUUAGGAGAUCUGAUUCUCCAGGAGGCCCUUGUUGAUCCUUUGAGAAAGAGUCCUGGGGGCAGGACGAACUUGGGAUCAGGAGCAUGGCUGCAAGGUGGCUCCACCAGGGCCCCUGCCCCUCACCUGAGUGCCAUGGAAUCCAUGUUUGAGGACGACAUCAGCAUCUUGACCCAGGAGGCGCUGGGGUCCGGCGAGGUGUGGCUGGAUGGGCCGGGGGACCCUGUGCUGGGCAGUGACAUGUGCUCUGCCUCCCACUUCGCACUCAUCACAGCCUACGGGGACAUCAAGGAGCGGCUGGGGGGGCUGGAGCGGGAGAAUGCCACCCUACGGCGCCGACUCAAGGUGUAUGAGAUCAAGUACCCAGUGAUUGGCGACUUUGGAGAUGAACACAACUUCUCCUUGUAUGAAAUUAAAGAGGGCUCCCUGCUGGAGGUGGAGAAGUCCAGUCUACAGCAGACACUCAAUCAGUUCCAGCAUGAGCUCCAGAAGAGCAAGGAGCAGGAAGAUCAACUGGGAGAGAUGAUACAAGCAUAUGAGAAGCUGUGCGUAGAGAAAAAUGACCUGGAAAACGAAUUGGGGGAGAUGCGGGCUUUGGUGGAGACACACCUGAGGCAGAUCUGUGGGCUGCAGCAGCAGCUUCGCCAGCAGCAGGGAGGGGGGGACAGCACCUUCCCCAGCCUGAGCCCUCCGGCUCCUGCUCCCGCCGACCCUGACCUUGACCUCCACUACCUGGCACUACGAGGAGGGCCUGGCCUCGGCCAUGGCUGGCCCAGCCCACCCAGCGUUGGGGAACUGGAGAGGAGGCAGCUGGAAGAGGCUUUGGAAGCAGCUAGAGGGGAGGCAAGGGGGGCCCAGCUCCGGGAAGAGCAGCUCCAGGCUGAGUGUGAGCGGUUACAGGGAGAGCUGAAGCAGCUGCAGGAGAGCAGGGCUCAGGAUUUGGCUUCCAACCAGUCAGAGCGGGAUAUGGCAUGGGUGAAGAGAGUCGGAGAUGACCAGGUUAACUUGGCUCUGGCCUACACAGAACUGACAGAGGAACUGGGCCGUCUCCGGGAGCUAAGUUCCCUUCAGGGGAGAAUUCUGAGGACAUUGCUGCAGGAACAAGUCCAGAGGAGCGGCCAAAGACACUCCCCUCUUUCCCAGCGCCACUCCCCAUCUUCACAGUGCCCUUCGCCAUCCCCACCAGCCCGGGCUCCUCCGCCAGGACCUCAGUGUCAGUCCCCAGUUCCCCAGCGCCGCUCCCCUGUGCCCCCUGUUCCACCAUGCCAUUCACCCCAACAGCGCCGCUCCCCUGCCUCACCAUCCUGUCCAUCGCCUGCCCACCAGCGCCGCUCCCCUGUGCCCUUGCCGCCCCCACCACCAUGCCAGUCUCCUGCCCCGCAGCACCGCUCUCCUGUGCACCCUCCCUGCCCAGCUCCCCAGCCUCGGCCCCCACCAGGGGAGAGGACUCUGGUGGAGCUGGCCUACGCCAAGCCACCCAGUCACCACGUGAAGGCUGGCUUCCAGGGGCGCCGUAGCUACUCAGAGAUGGCCGAUGGGGCGGGCUAUGCAGGAGCUGUCCCCUGGCUUCAGGCUGAGGCCUCAACGCUGCCCAAGCCCCGACCCUAUGGUGGGGAGCUCUACAGCCCCAGCCGGCCUCUCAGCCCCCGAAGCACCUUUGAAGGCAUCCGGCUUCGGUUUGAGAAGCAGUCUUCAGAAGAAGAAGAGUGGGCUGUGCCUAGCCCCCCCAGCCCAGAGUCAGGCACCAUCCGAUGUGCCUCCUUCUGUGCUGGCUUCCCCAUCCCUGAGACGCCCACUGCUGCCUACACCCACGCGGAACAUGCCCAGUCCUGGCCAUCCAUUAAUUUGCUAAUGGAGACUGUGGGUUCAGACAUCCGAAGUUGCCCUCUCUGUCAGCUGGGAUUUCCCGUUGGGUACCCAGACGAUGCACUCAUCAAACACAUUGACUCGCACCUGGAGAACAGCAAGAUAUAGGGCGCUCCCCCCUUUCCCCCCUUGACCAUUCAUUCUCUCCCACCUCUCCAGGCUACCAUUCCCCACUACUUUGAAUGCUGCAUGAUUCUCGCAGGGUCUGUCCUCCCUUACCUCUCCUACUCCCAGAUACCUCCACUAGCUUCCCACGAGUCUCACCAUAUGUGCUGUCUCCCUACUGUUCUGCCAGUCAUCAUUUAGCUCUGGCUCGCUCCAGGAGGAGGUGCCAAGAUCCACUCCCUGCCCUGAACACUUCCUCUCUGGCUCCUUCCAGGGAAGUGGGGAACUGGGGUGGGAUGGGUAAGGGCUGUCCAUCCCCCUCUGAGUCUUUGUCUUCCUUCCUGUUCUCAAGUUGUGUUGGAUACAGUAAAGUCUCCAGUAUAGUUGGGCUAGUGGGGGGAGGGGCAGGGAAGGGGACUUGUGGACUCCAGGAGGCCCCACCCCACCCUGGAGAUGUGUCUGUGAUGUGUCGUAGCUCUGCCACACCCCACCCCGUCUUGGUCCUCCAUGCCCCCUGCCAUUCCAGGUCCUCAGCCCUGCCAGGCAUUGAUGCCAGAUGCCAACUCUUCCCUAUGCACUGAGUCUCCUGGAGUGGGGUUCCCAGGGGAGAAAAUGCUAGAUAUAGCCACCCCCUCAUCCCUCUCUUCCCACACACAUUUGUCCAUCCAUCCAUCCCAGGGCUACCUCUCCCUGCACCAUUCCUCGAAACCCCUCCCCCCCCCAGCAGGGACUGGAUGAUUAACUUAAGAGACUGGAGUGAGGAUUCUCUGCCCUUCCUACCACAUUUGCCUGCCUUCCUGGGCCUGAGCAGAAUAUGGAUCUGCCCUGACCUCCUCCUGGCCUUUUCCUCCCUUCCCAAAUCAAGUAUCCACCCGUGUGUGUGUGUGUGUGUGUGUGUGUGUGUGUGUGUGUGUGUGUGAGUGUGUGUAAGAGAAAGAGAGAGACAGAGAGACACAGAGAGAGAGAGAGAGUGAGGGAGUGAGUAGUGGUGGGGUUGCAUUAGGAAGAUUCCCAGGAUGCUCCAGCUUAAGUUGGCAGGUUCCCCCACCCCCACCCCCACAUGGGUACCAUCUGUGUCAGCUUGCUGGCUUCAGGGGCUCAUCUGUCUACCUGACUGAGUUCCUGGAACUUUCACCUCACAUUGUGGGGCAGAUCCUCCUCUUCUGUUGCCCAGACCCCAUUACCACAAGUGCCCUGGGAACCCAGAAAUGGCUGGUGCCAGGUCAGGCAUGGGCAUUGGCAUUGCUUCCUGGGUGUCAGACCGGAUUCCUGUAAAGUGGGUGGGUUGGUAGGCCCAAACUGUUCCCCAAUGCCCAGGUGGGAGUGGGCAGGGGUGGGCACCUGGACCCAGCCCAACCCUGAGAAUUGGCCAAGGGCAGGCCACUUAGAUCUGCUUUAAAAAGAGCUAACUCCCUUUACUGCUCCCCAUCCCCACCUCCCACCCACACUCCCUCUGUAAAAUCUACCUCAGAGCUGAUAAAUCCCAGAAGGAUAGGUAUGAGGGGAUGGGCUGGGGGGGAGGGGAAGACCCCCCUCCCCCAGGGCCAAGAAGGGGAACUCCCUACCAGUGAGAGCCCGGACCCCCAGUGAUUAAACCAACUUCCCCUCUCCCCCCACAACCACCACCUGGUGGUCAGGGGAGGAAGAGUGCUGCUUUCAAUGCAUGUACAGUUCUGAUUAAACUCUUCCAGAAUCCCUUUGACCAUCACAGCUCUCUCCGACACCUGGUCUCCUAACCCUCCACCUCUAAGUGUUGGGUGUGGAUGCAGGAGGAAGGUGGGCUGCAAGAAUUCCAGAGACACAAGGACCUGGCUGUAUCAUCUGGACCUGAAAGUUCCCCUAGAGGAGGGGAAGAGGCACAAGGGAGGAGGGAGAGGGGGGCCCUGUGCUCUGUGAAGAAAAUAAAAGUCCAAAUAAAAGUUACCUGUCCCAUGUGCAUGCCCCUGUUCCUUCCCCUUUAGGAGAAAUAUUGCCUUGGUUCCAUACUCCCUCCUCUUUCCUUCUCCUCCCUCCCCUCCAACACAACUUAAAGCGGCACUUGAACGAGGCAGGCAAACUAGUUCUUGUGGAUGGAGAGAGUGUCGUUCACAACAGUGAGAUAAUCCCCAAAUUUUAUGGUUUCCAAAAAUUAUCUGAUUGACCUUAAAGGAAGCACGUGAAUGAAAGUAGGGGAGGGGCAUGGAUUUUCUAAAAUAGUAAUAAAGAAAAAAUAUGAAGAAUCUCAGAAAUCCUUAAUGCUUCUAGUUCUGAUUGUCCAAAUGUUGGUUUGGAUCUCAAUUUUGACAGCUUGUUGGCAUAGUCAAUUUGAUUCAAGUCCUUUGUUGGCAUCGUGCCCAUUAUCUGUAACUCUUCCUUAACCUCUCCCCUCCUCUUCCGUAUUAAUCAAGGGUGAGCAAGAACUGGAAGGGGGGACCUAUAACAUUCAAAUCCUUUUUUCUUUGUCUGCCCCCGAGGAUGGGGUAAGCCAGAUAGUGAGUUAAGAGAAAGAGGGUGGGCAGCUUUGCUCAGGGUAGAGCUCUACAUCUAUCUGAGAGGUCAAAUUGUUUAUACUCAACCUGAAGUGGUAGAAAAGCUAAGAGGACUUCGACCACAUGUCUCUUUGAAGCAGCUCUCCCCAAGGCAGCUACUCUUUU